AAAGGCUGCCGGGCGGCGCGGGGGCUCCCAGGACCUGCGCGCCGCCUCACCUGCUGUUCUCCCUCGCCGCCGCCAUGCUCUCCGUCCGCGUCCCGCUCGCCACCAUCGUGGACCCCCAGCAGCAGCAGCAGCUCCAGCUCUCGCCCCUCAAGCGGCUCAGCCUGGCGGACAAGGAGAACACGCCCCCGAGUCUCAGCGGGACCCGCGUGCUGGCCAGCAAGACCGCCAGGAGGAUCUUCCAGGAGCCCGCCGAGUCGCAGAAAACUAAGGUACUAGGCCCCAGCGUGGAGGACGAGCCACUACUGCGAGAAAACCCUCGUCGCUUUGUCAUCUUCCCUAUUGAGUACCAUGAUAUUUGGCAGAUGUAUAAGAAAGCUGAGGCUUCCUUUUGGACCGCCGAAGAGGUGGAUCUCUCCAAGGACAUUCAGCACUGGGAUUCCCUGAAGCCUGAGGAGAGAUACUUUAUAUCCCAUGUUCUGGCUUUCUUUGCCGCCAGUGAUGGCAUAGUCAAUGAAAACUUGGUGGAGCGCUUUAGCCAAGAAGUUCAGAUCACAGAAGCCCGCUGUUUCUAUGGCUUCCAAAUUGCCAUGGAAAACAUCCAUUCGGAAAUGUACAGUCUCCUCAUUGACACUUACAUUAAAGAUUCCAAAGAAAGGGAAUUUCUCUUCAACGCCAUCGAGACAAUGCCUUGUGUAAAGAAGAAGGCAGAUUGGGCCUUGCGUUGGAUUGGGGACAAAGAGGCCACCUAUGGAGAACGGGUUGUGGCCUUUGCUGCCGUGGAAGGAAUCUUCUUUUCUGGUUCUUUUGCGUCGAUAUUCUGGCUCAAGAAACGCGGCCUGAUGCCUGGCCUCACGUUUUCCAAUGAACUUAUCAGCAGAGAUGAGGGUUUACACUGUGACUUUGCCUGCCUGAUGUUCAAACACCUGGUCCAUAAACCUUCCGAGCAGAGAGUGAGGGAAAUAAUCAUCAAUGCCGUUCGGAUAGAACAGGAGUUCCUCACUGAGGCCCUGCCCGUGAAGCUCAUUGGGAUGAAUUGCACGUUGAUGAAGCAGUACAUCGAGUUCGUGGCAGACCGGCUUAUGCUGGAGCUGGGUUUUGGCAAGGUUUUCAGAGUAGAAAAUCCAUUUGACUUUAUGGAGAAUAUUUCACUGGAAGGGAAGACUAACUUCUUUGAGAAGAGAGUAGGCGAGUAUCAGAGGAUGGGAGUGAUGUCCAGUCCAACAGAGAAUUCUUUUACCUUGGAUGCUGACUUCUAAGUGAACGAAGAUGUGCUCUUAUUUUGCUGAUUCCCCCCGCCCUUUCUCAUAAAAAAAAAAAAUCAGCCACUUGAAGUGUAUCAAACCGGCUACACCGUGAAUUAUCCAUAAUGUUCAUUGAUAGUGUUGUUAAAACUGUGUAGCUACCUCAUAGGCAAGCCUGUUGAUUAGUGACGCUAGUUGUCUCACCUAGAAAGCAGCUUAGACAGAAGCUACUCGGAUUGGUAGGAAAGACCUUCGCCGUGUUCAGUGUUUGCGUGAGUUCACCGUGGCUCCUGGUGGCAGUCAGGGCCCAAAGUUCAGGGUCCUGGAGUGAGUCUGACCCCGCAGGAUGGGACAGUUACUCCGAGGUCCUCGGGAGGCUUCAGCCUUGGUGCUUCAAAGCAGAUAUUAAAGUUUACUUACUGAUUUGUAUAUAAAACUGGCACUUUACACACAAAUAAACAGAGUUUGUACUGUUGAAAUAAAGGCCUGAUUUCACCUGA